AUGACGUGUCAAAACCUAUUUUUAUACAGUCUAUGGUCAGAACACUCUCGAGUAUAAAUAAUAUGCAGCUAUAAGCAGCAGAUUUUAGUAUGUUUGCGUACAAUAGUUGAAUAUUAUGUAAACUUACUGCGGUAUUAAUAUCUUUCCAAGACUGUCACCUCUCUAGAACAGAAGGAGAAAGUAAAUAUACUUAAGGAAUGUUGCGAUGUCAACCGACCAGGAAGCACAAGAAGAUGAGCUGCUUGCUCUAGCGAGCAUCUAUGAUGAAAAAGAGUUCCGCAGGGCCGAGGCAGCGAAGGAGGGCGAGAUCCAUCUGUGUCUGGAGCUUCCUCCUGACUUCAGACUACUAGUCAAGGGACAGAACUCCACAGAGCAUCAUCUAUCAUUUCUAGGUCCACUGGUUCUGAGUUUUGGAUUCCCGGCUGAAUAUCCUUCAGUUUCGGCUCCGGUUUUUACUUUAAGCUCCAACUGGCUCACAAGAGUCCAGAUCACUGCGCUUUGCAGGAGACUGGAUGAGCUUUGGGAGGAGAACCAAGGCAACGUGGUUCUUUUUACCUGGAUGCGGUUCCUCAAGGAAGAGACUCUGGACUUCCUGGGAAUCCAGUCACCGCUGGAAAUCCAGAGCACUGAGAGUGAAUCUGGCCAACAACAAGCAGCGGACGUUUCUGGAGAAAAAUGUAAAGUGCAAGAUUUAGACCCAAGAGCUGUGCAAGAAGUCGACGCUCGCACAGAUAUACUGAGUCAGCUGCUGGAUUUUGACGAAGCUCAGAAGCAGAAGGUGUUUGAUGGGAAGGUGUUCUGCUGCGGCAUCUGUUACUCUGAGAAGCUCGGAUCCGACUCACUGCUCUUCAAAGAGUGUCAGCAUGUGUACUGCAAGGCCUGCAUGAAGGAAUACUUUCAGAUCCAGAUUAGAGAUGGAAAAGUCCAGUGCCUUAACUGCCCUGAGGCAAAGUGUGUGUCCAUGGCCACUCCUUCACAGGUGAAACUUCUCGUGGGCGAAGACGAGUUUGCCCGCUAUGAUCGUCUCCUGUUGCAGUCGAGUCUGGACCUGAUGAAGGAUGUGGUGUAUUGUCCUCGUAAGAGCUGCUGUAUGGCGGUGAUGGUGGAGCCGGACUCAACCAUGGGCAUCUGUCCCGCCUGCAAAUAUGCCUUCUGUACGCUCUGUAAGCGGAGCUAUCACGGCCUCAAUCACUGCAAACCGACUGAUGAUGAUUAUCGUAGUAUGCGGGCUGAGUAUAAUUCUGCGAGCGAAGAGAGGAAGAAGUUCCUUGAGAAGCGUUUUGGCCGGCAGGUCAUUCAGAAGGUGUUGGACUCUUUCAGCACAGACUGGCUAAAGGAUAACUGUAAACAGUGCCCCUGCUGUGGCACUAACAUACAGAAGAAUAAGGGCUGUAAUAAGAUGACCUGUUCGUUGUGUCAGAGUUAUUUCUGCUGGAUCUGUAUGACAGUUCUCGGCAGGGAGGACCCUUACAGUCACUACAACGACCCCAGCUUGCCCUGCUACCUAAAGUGAGGACCGUCUCCACUGCUGAGGCUUCUUACAUUCACUUCAGACAUAACCAUCUCUGCUCAAAUCACAGGAACUCUUUAUCAUGCACAACAAGUCAAACGUUUUUAGCAUUUUUUUCUCUUCUGCUCACCAAGCCUGCUUUUAUUUGAUCCAAAGUACAGUAAAGGCAGUAAAAUUGUGAUAUAUUUUUACUAUUUAAAAAAGCUGUUUUCUGUGUGAGUAUCUGUUAAACUGUAAUUUAUUUCUGUGAUGCGCAGCUGUAUUUUCAGCAUCAUUACUGCAGUCUUCAGUGUCACAUGAUCUUCAGAAAGUGUGUAAUAACAUCUGACUGUGAUCCAAUGUGGAUUUUUGGUCAAAUGAUGAGGCAGAAAUAUAUUGUUAGUAACAUUUUAGAGGAUUUUUAUGUGUGGGGUGAAGGAAAAAGUAACUAGUAAACUAAUAAUAUUAGUUUUGAAAUGAGAUGAACUAGUAAUAUAUUACUUUUUAGUAACUAUAGCCCAACACUGGUGGACAGACCUUCAUCAAGACUAUUUGUUGCUGAAUAAAUAAUCUCUCCAUUGA